CAGAGUCUGGGAGGGAGUCCGCUGAGGUACCCCGGCAUCGCGCUGGCAAGGAUGUCGGGCUCCAGGCACACGCCCUGGCGGCGGCUGCAGGGCGUUUCCUUCGGGAUGUAUUCGGCCGAGGAGCUCAGGAAAUUAAGCGUUAAAUCCAUCACAAACCCUCGGUACCUGGACAGCUUGGGGAACCCAUCAGCAAACGGCCUGUAUGACUUAGCUUUGGGCCCUGCGGAUUCCAAAGAGGUGUGCUCCACCUGUGUGCAAGAUUUUAACAACUGCUCCGGACACCUAGGCCACAUCGAACUGCCACUCACAGUGUACAACCCGCUCCUCUUUGAUAAACUCUACCUGCUCCUCCGAGGCUCCUGUUUAAACUGCCACAUGCUGACUUGUCCCCGGGCUGUGGUUCACCUCUUGGUCUGCCAGCUGAGAGUUCUGGAAGUUGGGGCCCUACAAGCAGUCUAUGAGCUGGAGCGAAUUCUGAGCAGGUUUCUGGAAGAAAAUGCUGAUCCUUCUGCCUUUGAAAUUCAGGAAGAGUUAGAACAGUACACAACCAAGGUUCUGCAGAACAACCUCCUGGGGACUCAGGGCGCACACGUGAAAAAUGUGUGUGAGAGCAGAAGCAAACUCAUUGCUUACUUCUGGAAGGCACACAUGUCUGCUAAGCGAUGUCCCCACUGCAAGACUGGGCGGUCAGUUGUUCGAAAGGAGCACAACAGUAAGCUGACAAUCACGUAUCCAGCUGUGGUGCACAGGAAGUCUGGCCAGACGGAUGCCGAGCCCCUGGGAAUUGAGGAAACUCAGAUGGGAAAACGAGGGUACUUGACACCCAGCAGUGCCCGGGAACAUCUUUUCUCCAUUUGGAAGAAUGAAGGGUUCUUUCUGAAUUACCUUUUCUCGGGACUGGUUGAUGUUGGCAUGGAAUCCAGAUUCAAUCCGAGUAUGUUCUUUCUAGAUUUCGUGGUGGUGCCUCCCUCCAGGUAUCGCCCUGUCAAUCGCCUGGGGGACCAGAUGUUUACCAAUGGCCAGACGGUGAACUUGCAGGCUGUCAUGAAGGAUGUCGUUCUGAUCCGAAAACUUCUGGCACUGAUGGCGCAAGAACAGCAGCUGCCCUGUGAGGUGGCAGCGCUCAGCACAGAUGAGGAAAAAGACUCUUUGGUGGCUAUGGACCGGUCCUUUUUAAGUACACUUCCAGGCCAGACUCUCACAGACAAGCUGUACAACAUUUGGAUUCGCCUUCAGAGCCACGUCAACAUUGUGUUUGACAGCGAGAUGGACAAACUCAUGAUGGAAAAGUACCCUGGCAUCAGACAGAUCUUGGAGAAGAAAGAAGGCCUGUUCCGAAAGCACAUGAUGGGCAAGCGGGUAGACUACGCGGCCCGCUCUGUCAUCUGCCCAGACAUGUACAUCAACACCAACGAGAUCGGGAUUCCCAUGGUGUUUGCCACAAAACUGACCUACCCUCAGCCAGUGACCCCCUGGAAUGUCCAGGAACUGAGACAGGCAGUCAUCAAUGGUCCCAAUGUGCACCCGGGAGCCUCCAUGGUCAUCAAUGAGGAUGGCAGUCGCACAGCCCUGAGCGCCGUGGACAUAACCCAGCGCGAAGCCGUGGCCAAACAGCUCCUGACACCAGCCACAGGGGCACCUAAGCCCCAGGGGACAAAAAUUGUGUGCCGGCACGUGAAGAAUGGGGACAUCCUCUUGCUGAACCGACAGCCCACCCUGCACAGGCCCUCCAUCCAGGCCCACCACGCCCGUGUCCUGCCGGGGGAGAAGGUCCUACGGCUGCACUACGCCAACUGCAAGGCCUACAACGCUGACUUCGAUGGCGACGAGAUGAACGCCCACUUCCCCCAGAGCGAGCUGGGCCGGGCCGAGGCCUGCGUGCUGGCCUGCACUGACCAGCAGUACCUCGUUCCCAAGGAUGGACAGCCAUUGGCAGGGCUGAUCCAGGAUCACAUGGUUUCAGGUGCAAACAUGACCACUCGAGGUUGCUUUUUCACCCGGGAACAGUACGUGGAGUUGCUGUACCGAGGACUCACAGACAAAGCGGGGCGCGUGAAGCUUCUUCCUCCUGCCAUCCUGAAGCCCUUUCCACUGUGGACGGGGAAGCAGGUCGUGUCAACACUGCUCAUAAACAUAAUCCCCAAGGACUACAUCCCACUGAACUUGUCCGGAAAGGCAAAAAUCAGCGGAAAAGCCUGGGUGAAGGAGACUCCUCGGCCUGUUCCUGGCUUUAACCCUGACUCUAUGUGCGAGUCCCAGGUGCUAAUCCGCGACGGGGAGCUGCUCUGCGGAGUGCUGGACAAGGCGCACUAUGGGAGCUCCGCCUAUGGCCUGGUGCACUGCUGCCACGAGGUCUACGGGGGCGAGACCAGCGGCAGGGUCCUCACCUGCCUGGCCCGGCUCUUCACCGCCUACCUGCAGCUCUACCGAGGCUUCACCCUGGGUGUGGAAGACAUUUUGGUUAGGCCAAAGGCGGAUGUGAAGAGACGUAGGAUCAUUGAGGAAUCCACCCACUGUGGGCCCCAGGCUGUCCGGGCUGCACUAAACCUGCCAGAAGCUGCGUCAUGUGAUGAGGUCCAAGGGAAGUGGCAGGAUGCUCAUCUGGGCAAGGACCAGAGGGAUUUUAACAUGAUCGAUCUGAAGUUCAAGGAGGAGGUGAACCGCUACAGCAAUGAGAUUAACAAGGCGUGUAUGCCUCUUGGCCUGCACAGGCAGUUCCCAGAGAAUAACCUGCAGAUGAUGGUGCAGUCGGGGGCCAAAGGGUCAACCGUGAACACGAUGCAGAUCUCAUGCCUGCUGGGACAGAUCGAGCUAGAGGGGCGGAGGCCCCCACUGAUGGCGUCCGGCAAGUCGCUGCCCUGCUUCGAGCCCUACAGGUUCACCCCCAGGGCUGGCGGCUUCGUCACUGGGAGGUUCCUCACCGGCAUUCAGCCUUCCGAGUUCUUCUUCCACUGCAUGGCGGGGCGUGAGGGCUUGGUGGACACAGCAGUCAAGACCAGCCGCUCCGGCUAUCUGCAGAGGUGCAUCAUCAAACACUUGGAGGGGCUGGUAGUCCAGUACGAUCUGACGGUCCGGGACAGCGACGGCAGCGUGGUGCAGUUCCUGUAUGGAGAGGACGGUCUGGACAUCCCCAAGACGCAGUUCCUGCAGCCCAAGCAGUUCCCCUUCCUGGCCAGCAACUACGAGGUGAUAAUGAGAUCCAAGCACCUCCAUGAAGUCUUAUCCAGAGCAGAUCCCAAAAAAGCCCUCCGCCACUUCAGAGCUAUCAAAAAAUGGCACAGCAGGCAUUCCAGUGGACCACCAAGAAGGGGAGCCUUCCUGAGCUAUUCCCAGAAGGUCCAGGACGCUGUGAGGGCGCUGAACCUGAAAGGCGAGAACAGGAAUGGUCGCAGCCCAGAGGCCCAGCAGGUGUUGCAGAUGUGGUACAAGUUAGAUGAGAAGAGCCGGCAGAAGUACCAGAGGAAGGCGGCCCCUUGUCCUGACCCCAGUCUGUCUGUCUGGCGCCCAGAUAUCUACUUGGCGUCUGUGUCAGAACAUUUUGAAAAAAAGAUUGAUGACUACAGUCAAGAAUGGGCACUUGAAGCAGAAAAGAGUUACAAGAAAUCGGAGCUUUCUCUGGACAGGUUGAGGACCUUGCUGCAUCUCAAAUGGCAGCGCUCGCUCUGCGACCCGGGUGAGGCUGUGGGCCUGCUGGCCGCCCAGAGCAUCGGGGAGCCGUCCACGCAGAUGACCCUGAACACCUUCCACUUUGCAGGCAGAGGCGAGAUGAACGUCACCCUGGGUAUCCCAAGGUUGAGGGAGAUUCUCAUGGUGGCCAGCGCCAACAUCAAGACACCCAUGAUGAGUGUGCCCGUGUUCAACACCAAGAAAGCCCUAAGGAAAGUGAGGAGCCUGAAGAAGCAGCUCACCAGGGUGUGCUUAGAGGAGGUGUUGCAGAAAGUUGACGUCCAGGAGUCCUUCUGUAUGGGUGAAAAACAGAACAAAUUCCGGGUGUACCAGCUGCGGUUCCAGUUCCUGCCACACGAGUACUACAAGCAGGAGAAGUGCCUGAGGCCCGAGGACAUCCUGCACUUCAUGGAAACGAGGUUCUUCAGGCUCCUGAUGGAGUCCGUCAGAAAGAAGCACAGUAAGGACUCCAGCUUCAGAAGCGUGAACACUCGGAGAGCCACACAGCAGGACCUGGAAGGCGCGGGGGAGUCGGAGACAAGGCGGGGUGAGCAGGAAGGGGAGGAGGAGGAGGAAGGGGACAUCGUGAAUGUUGACGCCGAGGAGGGGGAUGCUGACGCCUCCGAUGCCAAGCGCAAGCAGAAGCAGGAGGAGGAGGUGGAUUACGAGAGCGAGGAGGAGGAGGAGAAGGAAAGGGAGGAGGAGGACGCACAGGAGGAAGGGGACGCCGACGGUGAAGGUGGCCCCCAGGCCCAUGAGCCAGAUGAGGCCACAGGCUCGGGCCCCAAUGAGGACGCGCCCCCGAGCCCUCCCCUCUGCUCAGGGCUCCAGGGAGCCGAGGCUGUGGAGCGUCGAGUGCAGGCUGUGCGGGAGGCCCACUCUAUGAUAGAGGACUACCAGUAUGACACCGCGGAGAGCCUGUGGUGCCAGGUGACCAUGAAGCUGCCUCUGGUAAAGGCCAACUUUGACAUGGGCUCGCUGCUUGCGUCCCUGGCCCGCAGCACCGUGGUCUACUCCACCAGGGGCAUCACCCGGUGCCUCCUGAGUGAAACGACCUCCAGUAGGAACGGGAAGGAGCUCAUGCUGAGCACGGAAGGGAUCAACCUCCCAGAGCUGUUCAAGUAUGCUGAGGUGCUGGACCUGCGCCGCCUCUACUCCAAUGACAUCCAUGCCAUGGCCAGCGCGUAUGGCAUCGAGGCCGCCCUGCGGGUGAUUGAGAAGGAGAUCAAGGACGUAUUUGCCGUGUAUGGCAUUGCCGUCGAUCCUCGCCAUCUCUCCCUGGUUGCUGAUUACAUGUGCUUCGAGGGGGUCUACAAGCCCCUGAAUCGCUUUGGCAUCCAGUCGAACUCCUCCCCUCUCCAGCAGAUGACAUUUGAGACCAGUUUCCAGUUUCUGAAGCAGGCCACCAUGAUGGGGUCCCAUGACGAGCUGAGGUCCCCUUCAGCCUGCCUCGUGGUCGGGAAGGUCGUCAAGGGUGGAACAGGCCUGUUUGAGCUCAAGCAGCCCCUGAGGUAGCAAUGGUCACUGCUGCACAGCUGCCCACCAGGAGGCUUCACAGGCAUGGCUUGGCCCUCACCCAAGAGCACCAGAAGCUCCAGCUCCAGGGCAGAGAAAGCAGCUUGCCAUGGGCUGGGCACCAGCAGCACUCAUCCUUGCUUACCAUCUCGGGGUCUCUAACGAGGUUCCUGAUGUCUCCUGUGUCCCCAUGGGGCCAGGGCUUCCCUCUUCUUGCAGGAGACCUGGCAGCAGAAUCCCAGACAAGCCCAGUACUGGGGUCUCCUAAGGAGCAGGAACAUGGAUACUGCUGCCCCAGGACUCCAGGCUGAGAGCAGCGUGGCACCUUGUGCCUGGGGUGGGGCCCUGGCCCUGCUGCUGUGCCCAGACCAGACUGGUCCCACGGCUGGGAGCACCUCUCCAGGGUCCAGCAGCUCACUCCCACCAAGCCCAAGUUCCCCACUGGGGCUGGGCUCUGCCAGCUGUGCCCCCAGCACCACAGCAGGCACCCUUCUCAGACCAGAGCCACUGAGAGGACCAGUGCAGGCGCUUGGUGGCACCAGAGGCAGUUUCUGCUUUUGUCUGGUGUUGUUCCAGCUCAGGCUUGAUAAUAAACAUUGCGGACUAGC